GGCGGCGGGAGGCCGGGGCUGAGGCCGAGGCCGGGACUGCGAGGCCUUUGGGGAGGCAGGCGGCGGCGGCAGCCCGGGGCCCGAGUCCGGAGGCAGGAGCGGCCGCCAUGGCCGAGAGCAUCAUAAUCCGCGUCCAGUCCCCAGAUGGAGUGAAGAGGAUCACAGCAACAAAGAGAGAAACGGCUGCAACAUUUUUGAAAAAGGUUGCAAAGGAGUUUGGCUUCCAAAACAACGGCUUCUCAGUUUACAUCAAUAGAAACAAGACUGGAGAGAUAACAGCAUCGUCCAGCAAGUCCCUCCAUUUGCUAAAAAUCAAGCAUGGCGAUCUGUUGUUCCUGUUUCCCUCCAACCUUGCUGGACCCUCCUCUGAAAUGGAAACAUCAUCGACCUCACUAGGGUUAAAGGCCUUCGGUGCUCCUAAUGUGGUUGAAGAUGAGAUCGAUCAAUACCUCAGCAAGCAGGACGGGAAGAUUUAUAGGAGCCGCGACCCACAGCUAUGCCGCCAUGGCCCCUUGGGGAAGUGUGUGCAUUGUGUCCCGCUGGAGCCAUUUGACGAGGACUAUUUGAACCACCUGGAGCCCCCAGUGAAGCACAUGUCCUUCCACGCCUACAUCCGGAAGCUGACUGGAGGGGCUGACAAGGGGAAGUUUGUUGCUCUGGAGAACAUCAGCUGCAAGAUCAAGUCUGGGUGUGAGGGACAUCUCCCAUGGCCCAAUGGCAUCUGCACCAAGUGCCAGCCUAGUGCUAUCACCCUGAACAGACAGAGAUACAGACACGUGGACAACAUCAUGUUUGAGAAUCACACUGUUGCUGACCGCUUCCUUGACUUCUGGAGAAAGACCGGAAACCAGCACUUCGGGUACUUGUACGGCCGGUACACGGAGCACAAGGACAUCCCCCUCGGCAUCAGGGCCGAAGUGGCUGCAAUUUAUGAGCCCCCGCAGAUUGGUACACAGAACAGCUUGGAGCUUUUGGAAGAUCCGAAAGCUGAGGUGGUUGAUGAGAUUGCUGCCAAACUUGGCCUGAGGAAGGUUGGAUGGAUAUUCACGGACCUUGUCUCAGAAGAUACCCGAAAGGGUACAGUCCGAUACAGUCGGAAUAAGGACACCUAUUUCCUGAGUUCAGAAGAAUGCAUCACUGCAGGAGACUUUCAAAACAAGCAUCCCAACAUUUGCCGGCUCUCUCCCGAUGGCCAUUUUGGAUCCAAGUUUGUCACUGCAGUGGCUACAGGUGGUCCGGACAACCAGGUUCACUUUGAAGGGUACCAGGUAUCCAAUCAGUGCAUGGCACUGGUCCGAGAUGAAUGUCUUCUGCCUUGUAAGGAUGCCCCUGAGCUGGGCUAUGCCAAGGAGUCCAGCAGUGAGCAGUAUGUUCCUGAUGUGUUCUACAAGGACAUAGACAAGUUUGGCAAUGAGAUCACGCAGCUGGCCCGCCCCCUGCCUGUGGAGUAUCUGAUCAUAGAUAUCACAACCACCUUCCCCAAGGAUCCAGUUUACACUUUUUCUAUUUCACCAAAUCCGUUUCCUAUUGAAAACCGGGAUGUACUGGGUGAAACACAGGACUUCCACAGUUUGGCCACCUAUUUGUCCCAGAAUACCUCGUCCGUGUUCUUGGAUACCAUCUCCGACUUUCAUCUGUUGCUGUUUCUGGUCACCAAUGAAGUCAUGCCACUGCAGGACAGCAUCAGCCUGCUGCUGGAAGCCGUGAGGACCAGAAAUGAGGAGCUGGCGCAGACAUGGAAAAAAUCUGAACAGUGGGCGACCAUCGAGCAACUCUGCAGCACUGUUGGUGUGCAGCUCCCAGGCCUCCACGAGUAUGGUGCAGUCGGGGGCUCUGCUCGUGCUGCCACCUCUGCCAUGUGGGCCUGCCAGCACUGCACCUUCAUGAACCAGCCUGGCACGGGCCACUGCGAGAUGUGCAGCCUCCCCAGGACCUAGGGCUCUGGCUCUGCUGGGUGGGACUGGCCAGCCCAGCCCUCUCUCAUCUGUAAGGCCUGGAGCAGUGAGGCCAGCUGCCCUGCUGUCCCUGGGUAUACUGAAGCUUCUCAGUGCAGAUCUCGAAGAGAAAGAACCCCAGCUGUUGUGCUGGGGUUGAACAGAACCUCCCAACUGGAAAGGCAGAGCAUCCCUGCCCAAGAACACCCCACUUGCCUCACCUAGUUAACAGCUCCCCGCCAUAUGGGAGGGACUGAGCACCUCCAAACAAUCACCUGGACUGGGGUACACCGAGAGGUCGCUGCUGUCACCCAGCCGUCUUUCCCCCCUAUAUGCUUUUUGUUUUCUGCCUCCC